CGUAGGAGGGAUUCGGCAUUGUCAUCCCCCGGAGAUAUCACUUCCACUGUAACUCCUCUGUCUUAUUUACUCCACCAUGCCGUUCCAGAGGAUAGUAAUCGCUGUCGGCCGGCCGGAGGAGGCCACCCAUCCCGCCGCCCUGAAGGCCGCCUUGGCCGAGUUCAUUUCCACUCUUAUCUUCGUAUUCGCCGGCCAAGGUUCGGGUCUUGCUUUCUCUAAACUCACCCAGAAUUCUCCCACCUCCCCUGCUGCCCUCAUCAUCGCUUCCUUAGCUCAUGGCUUUGCCCUUUUCGUCGGAGUCUCCACCGGCGCCAACAUCUCCGGCGGCCACCUCAACCCCGCCGUCACUUUCGGAGCCUUAGUAGGCGGAAACAUCACCCUCCUCCGCGGCAUUCUCUACUGGAUAGCCCAGCUCCUCGGCGCUCUUGUCGCUAACUUGUUGCUUAAAUUCGUCAUCACGGACGUAGUAAUUUCUGGAUUCUCACUGUCAGCAGGGGUGGGAGUGUGGGAGGCGCUCGUAUUCGAGAUCGUAAUGACAUUCGGAUUAGUGUACACAGUUUACGCCACCGCCAUCGACCCGAAGAAGGGUGAGUUGGGAGUGAUAGCACCCAUCGCCAUCGGGUUCAUAGUGGCCGCCAACAUUCUGGUGGGCGGCCCAUUCACCGGCGCUUCCAUGAACCCGGCCGUGGCCUUCGGACCCGCCGUCGUGGCUGGGUCUUGGGCCCAGCACUGGAUCUACUGGGCCGGCCCACUGAUUGGCGGCGGCUUGGCCGGCAUUGUGUAUGAGCUGUUCUUCAUUGGGUUCACCCAUGAGCCCCUCCCCGCCGCGGAGUACUAAAAUUAGAACCACACCCGUGAUUGUGGCCCUGUUCUGUAGUAAUUAACCAUAUCUAUUUCUUCUCCGUGUUGGUUGGUGUAUGGUUGUGUUAAUCUCAUGUUGUUCUUGAACUUUCUCAUCUCAUUUUCCUUAUGAAUGUAAUGAUUUCAGUCCGUAC